AUGGUUAGGUCAGCUUCCCUUCCUGACUUACGACGAACACAAAGGAAGGUCCCUGAUGAUACAGUCUCCUGUAGGUCACUGCCUACUGUUCUCAACUCUAUCGAACCGACUUACUCCGAAAUCCCAGAUCACGUAGCUGUAGCGCAACGGCCUCUCCCAGCCCUCCCUCACAUAUACUCUGAAAUUCCAGAUGACUUUGUCCUCCAGUUAAGACGACAAGCUUCCCUUUCUGCGAUAACAGGGAGGCAAGAAGUCGUCAAAGAUGACACUGUCUCCUGUAAGUCACUGCCUGCGACUCUCCAUCCUUGUGAGUAUGCAUAUUGCAACAUUUCGGAUGAUGAUGAUGAUAACGAUGAGGAUGGUCCCAUUUCCUCCUACGCUGUGCCUGCCGACGAAAUAUCGAAUGCCAGGGAAAAUACACAGACUUAUAGACAAGCCUCUGCAACCGCCUCUCGGAGAAGUAGGUCUACAGCAGGCAGGCACAUUGUCACCUAUGGCUUAGAUAGGAAGACCAACACACAUCGUAUCACUUUUUAUGAAGAUUUUCCUUCGUCCAAAGAGGACAGAGCAAACGUAACGAGUAGAAACAUUUUUGGAGAUGCUGCUAGCCAAGGAGUGAGAACAUACGUCAACACAACGGAUGCUUCGGGAGAUCUGUCCAUCAGCCAAGGCGUUGAAGCCGCCUCAUCCACACUAUCUAAGGCUAUCUAA